UGCGUGACUUCCGCGGCGGGACAUGGUGAUCCAUGUGAAAUUACAAAGCCCGAGCUCCUGAUUCUGCAACGUUGGUGAAUACUACCCCAAGAUGUGUGAACAGGGGCUGGAGAUGGCCUCUAUUCUACCGGCUCUGCGGGAGCUGGAAAGUGCCAGUCCAGAUGAUUAUAACAUAGUGGUGCAAAAGCCAAGGCAGAUUCUUUGUCAGUUUGUUGACAAGAUGCUGACAGAUGUUGAUGUUGUUGCUCUGGAGCUUUUGAAGAAGACUGACUCUCAGCCAACGUGUGUGAUGCUGCUUGAUUUUAUUCAACACAUUAUGAAAUCCUUCCCUCUUAUGUUUGUGAGCGCUCCACAAAAGCCAACCAAGGAAAUUCAGCGGCACAGUAGUGAUGAUGAAAGUAGUUGUAUUGAUUUCAGUAACUGGAUCAUAACAAGGCUUCUUCGGAUUGCUGCAGCCCAGAACUGCCAGGCACUGCAAAACUGUAUUGCAAAAAUUAUAAUUUCUUUGUUAUGGCUGUUUAAGAACAAGAAUCCCUUCAUAUUUGGAGUACAAACAAAGGAAGUGCUUGGCCUCUUUCAAGAUUUAAUCUGUCUGACAGAGAAGAAUAUAGUGAUGCCGGAAUCAUCCUUGUGGCCAUUCACAGUUAAUCGUUUUAUUGUGGCUGUGACAGAGAAUCCAGGAUAUUUAACUCCUGCACCUUUUCUACUGAACUCUGUGUUACAAGUAGAGUUAUUGGAGAUCAUAUUACUGAGAAUACUAUCUGCGAUUCUUUCCAGCAUGUUUUGUAGGCGACAACGACUCAUUUUAUGGGAAAUAGGCUGCUCCCUUUUAGAACAUGGCAGCCCCAAGAUAAAGAGUAUUGUGUUAACCCUGUUUUCAAAGUUAACAAACCUUGGAGGACCACCACCAGAAGAAUUGACAAAUAUGUUUUUUACUCAUUUUAUUGAUCUUUUGCUAUUAUUUAAGAGGGCCAACAGAGAUGAACUAGAAUUGUAUGAGGAGCCAUUUGCAGGAUUGGUCAGAGCACUUUUUCCCAUCAAUGCUGAACACCUUGCAAGUGCAUGUGUGAUAGAACCAUUUUACCUGAACAGGCUAAUGGAUAAAUUAAGUACUUUGAUAGGAGACGGACUGAUGAAACAAAUUGAAUCUGAUAAAUUAAGAUCAGCUUUAUGUCACAUAUUGCAACAUUUUUUGACGUUUAGACCUUCAGGAGUUAUUUGUGCGGACCCAAUACAGAAACACCGUAUGCAUGUGAUUUGCAGAGCUGUAACUGAAAUGAUAGGAAUACAGCAGAACCAACAGUAUUUGUUAAGUUGCUUGUACAUAGCAAUGAAAGCAGAAGGAGUCAGUGUCAUGCAGGCUGCACGUAAUCGGACAUCAUCAACAGAGAUUCCUGAAACAGGUGGAGAAAGAAAUGUUGAUGAAGUUCCAGAGAAGCGGCCACGCUUGAGUUUUACAGGACAAAGCUCACUAAAUCCAGUCCUGCUGGCUGAAUGUGGACAAGUGGAAAUGAAAUUGAAAAGUAGAUUGUGGUGGGAUGUAUAUGAAAGACUGAGAGCAUUGAUCAAUUCAUUGGACAAGGCUGAGUCGCACAAGGAAACUUUACCUCUGUUGGAGGGUAUUGUGGUUUUAUUUCGUUUGGCAGCUCUGUGUACAGCAUUCUGUGACAAAGGAAUUACUAAUAGUAACAAAAUCAAAACAAAUGACUUUCCCAUGGAAGAGACACAAAAUCCUACAGAAAUUCCAUCAAUCAAAACACAAUUAAUUUGGAUACGUGUUGAAAUGUUUACCGAGGUCCUGGAAUAUGGAAGGAAGCAACUGAACAGUGCUUCAAAUAAUGAAGAGAUGCAACAUUUGGUUGAUAGAUUAAUCAAAAUAAUUGAUGCUAUAAUCUACUUGCAAGUUGUUCAAGGCAAUGGGAACAAAGACAUGCUUUAUACAAUUUGUGGAUUCCUAUCAUUACCUUGGAUUCAUAAACACUGUUCUGAUGAAGCUUUCCAGUCCGCUGGUUUCAAUUCUGACCUUGUAUCUUUCAGCCAACAUUUAUCAAGCAGUUUCUCACUGCAGACCCAGGCAAAAUGUGUGUUUUUGUUGUCGAUGCUGAAUAAAGAAAUUUGUCCUGAUUGGAGAGCAGCAAUAUACAGAUGGUCUUUGCAAAGUCCCAUUGAAGUCAUCCGUGCAGCUACUAUCAAGGGAUUCCCCAUGCUGCUACAUUACUUGGGUGCCAAAUCCUACUCUCUCAUUAAUGAAGUUCUCAUAAACAAACUCCAAGAUAACUCCAUAUUGGUACAUGAAGAGUUUGCCAGUAAUGUUGGAAAGAUAGCCUGUGUGCUUUCAGGCAAAUCUGAACUGUUGCUUCCAAAGUAUGACUCAUUGUCUCCAAGUGAAGAUUAUGACCUUCUCUGUGGUAAUAUCAGCAUUGGAGGGGACUGCGCACUGACCGGACCAGCAGUUGGGCCCUCUGUUUUUAUUCCUUUCCUUGUACUUAUUGAAAAGACAAUGCCUGCUUCAGUAAAAUUGGAUAUCUUCAAUACUUCACCCAUACAGGUUGCUGUCCCCAAAUGCUUCAAGUUAGCCAACUUCAUCCCUAUACCAAAGAACUCUCCGCCUUCAGCAUUCAUACGAAGUAUUCCCUAUUUGUGUAAGUAUGUGAAUUUGACAAAAAAUGAUUUGGAUACAAAGGCCAUUAAUAGUGCAAUAUUGAACCUCAUGGAAGAUCCAAAUAAAGCUGUCAGAAUUGCAUUUAGUGAAAAAAUACAUAAUUUGAUAGAAUCCCAAGAAAUUGAGGAUCAGAGUUUACUUAAAGAGCUGCUUGUAACAAAGUUGAAAGAGGCAUAUGCCAAUGCAAAGAUGUCAGGAGACAAUGAGCUGAAAGAUACAUUAAUACUUACAACCAGAGAAAUAGGAAGAGCUGCAAAGGGAGAUCUGGUACCAUUUGCUCUUUUACACCUGUGCCAUUGUUUGUUAUCGAAGUUUACAUAUGUUGCUGGUGCUGCUUAUACCGAGAUCAGAGCACUAGCUGCAGCAAAGUGUAUGAAAUUGCAAGCCUUCUUCAGUCAGUACAAAAAGCCCAUUUGUCAGUUCUUGGUGGAGUCAUUGCAUACAAGGCACCUGGCAGCCAGUGGUAGUAUUGGAAGCCAGAGUAAAGAGUUAGGUCAUCGGGAAUUGGAUCAUCAGCGACAGAUUACACUUGAUAUGUUAUCGGAAGUUGCUCAUGUGUUUGAUUUUCCUGAUCUAAACCGCUUCCUGACGCGAACCUUACAAUCUCUGUUGCCAUAUCUGGCCGCAAAGGCCAGUACUACAUCUUCAUUAUUGAUCCGGACCAUAGCCAAGCAGCUGAAUGUGAAUCGCCGAGAAAUUCUCAUCAACAAUUUUAAGUACAUCUUUUCCCAUCUGGUCUGUUCCUGCUCAAAGGAUGAGCUUGAACGUGGUCUACAUUAUCUGCAGAAUGAAACUGAACUUGAACUGGGCAGUCUCCUUAGGCAGGAUUUUCAGGGCUUACACAAUGAGCUACUUCUGCGCAUAGGAGAGCACUAUCAGCAGGUUUUCAAUGGACUGGCCAUACUGGCAGCUUCUGCUUCUCGGAGCGAUCAAUGCCAAACAUCCAGAGACAUUACUUCAGCGGAGUUAAUGGCGGACUAUUUGCAGCCGAAACUAUUGGGGAUUUUGGCCUUUUUUAACAUGCUGUUACUGAGUUCCAGUGUUGGAAUGAAUGAUAAAAAGAUGGCCAUGAAUAGUUUAAUAUCAUUAAUGAAACUGAUGGGAUCGAAACACAUCAGUUCUGUCCGGGUGAAGAUGAUGACCACCCUGAGGACAGGCCUACGAUACAAAGACGAAUUUCCCGAGUUAUGCUGCAGGGCGUGGGAUUGCUUUGUGCGUUGCCUGGAACCCAGUUAUCUGGGGGCCCUUCUCAGUCAAGUCAUUGUAGCUCUUUUGCCUCUAAUGUCCAUUCAGCCAAAAGUGACAGCUGGAAUAUUUCACUACCUUAUUGUUGAGAACAGAACUGAAGUAAAAGAUUUUCUGCAUGAGAUUUACUUUUUGCCAGAACACCCCGAUUUUACUGAGAUCCAGAAAGUGCUGCAAGAUUACAGAAAGGAAACAUCUAAAAGCACAGAUUUGCAAACUGAACUACAGUUAUCUAUGCGAGCUGUUCAGCAUGAGAAUGUAGAUGUUCGCAUACAUGCACUGACUAGUUUGAAGGAUACUUUAUACAAGAAACAGGAGCAAUUGGUAAAGCUUGCCACAGACAGUGAGACAGUCGAGCCCAUUAUCUCUCAGUUAGUGAUGGUGCUUCUGAAGGGUUGUCAGGAUGCAAAUGCCCAGGCUAGACUCCUGUGUGGAGAAUGCCUUGGUGAGUUGGGAGCAAUAGAUCCUGGGCGAUUGGACCUCAUGACAAGUAACACAGAAGGCAAAAGCUCUACAUUUGUGGCUGGUGUGGAGGACCCCAGUUUUGCCCAUUAUUUGCUGGUAGAGCUGACAAGAGCAUUCCUUGCUUAUGCAGAUAACGUUCGAGCUCAGGACUCAGCUGCUUAUGCCAUUCAGGAGCUGCUACAGAUAUAUAAAUGCAGGGAAGGAAAGUCUGAUUGUCCAGGGCGCAGAUUGUGGAGGAGUUUUCCAGAGCAUGUACAGGAAAUACUGGAGCCUCAUCUAAACACGAGGUAUAAAAGUUCUCAGAAGACUUGGGACUGGGUCAGCAUUAAGAAGCCAUUUUACCUUGGUAAGCAUGACAGAAAUUUUGCGGACUGGUCAGCAACAUGGGCUGGCUACCUGACAACAAAGGUUCGACAUGACCUAGCUGGGAAAGUCUUUGAUUGUUGCAGUUUUAUCAUGAAACAUGACUUCAAAGUGACGAUCUAUCUGCUACCUCAUAUUCUAGUUUAUGUUUUACUUGGAUGUAAUGAAGAAGAUCAACAGGAAGUCUACUCUGAGAUGAUGGCUGUCCUAAAACACGAUGAAGCCUGGGACAGGAGGUUGCAGGACAGUGCAUCAGAUCUGAGUCAGUUGAGUACACAGACUGUUUUUUCGAUGUUGGAUCAUCUUGCACAGUGGUCGAGGCACACACUUCAGGCUCUCAGUUCUGAGAAAAGUGGAAGCAGAUCCAGCAAGGACAGAGGGGGCCCAAAUGUUUCAAGCUCAGAGUAUAAAGAAUAUAAAAAUGUCACCUCCUUUCUGGACCUCAUACCCCAGGAUGUGCUUGCCAUCGCUUCUUUUCGUUCCAAAGCUUAUACCCGUGCGGUGAUGCACUUUGAGUCUUUUAUUGCAGAAAAGAAAGAGAACAUUCAGCAACACCUUGGAUUUUUGCAGAAGCUAUAUGCAGCAAUGCAUGAAGCAGAUGGAGUGGCUGGAGUUAGCGCAAUCCGUAAGGGAGAACCAUCUCUUAGAGAACAAAUUUUGGAACACGAGAGCAGUGGACUGUUGAGAGAUGCUACCGCCUGCUACGAUCGGGCUAUUCAGUUAGAACCUGAUGAGAUAAUUCAUUACCAUGGAUUGAUGAAAUCUAUGCUUGGGCUUGGCCAGCUGUCUACAGUCCUCACUCAGGUUAAUGGAGUGCUUGCAAGCAGGCCUGAGUGGACCACUGAACUGAACACUUACAGAGUGGAGGCAGCCUGGAAAUUGACCCAGUGGGAGUCGCUACAGAAUUAUGUAAACACAGAGUGGAAAUCCUGCACUUGGAGCGUGCGACUUGGCCAGCUUUUGCUUCUUGCUAAGCAGAGGAAUGUGGAGGGUUUCUAUGAGCAGCUGCAGAUUACCCGAGCAGAGCAGAUAGUGCCACUCUCUGCAGCAAGUUUUGAACGAGGGUCGUAUCAGCGUGGUUAUGAGUACAUCGUCAGGUUGCAUAUGUUAUGUGAGCUGGAACACAGUGUCAAAGAACUGUUACAUCAGCAGUCAAGGGACCACAGUGAACACCACAUGCAUCCUCUUGAUUGGCAGGCUCGUCUAGAAAUGACUCAGAAUUCCUUUCGGACAAAGGAGCCAGUCUUGGCGCUGCGCAGAGCAUUGCUCAGUGUUAGUAAAACGGCUGAGUACAGUAAGUUGGUUGGAGAAUGCUGGCUACAAAGUGCCAGAGUUGCCAGAAAAGCUGGACAUCAUCAAACCGCAUACAAUGCCCUCCUUAAUGCAGGAGAAUCAAGACUACCUGAGCUUUAUGUAGAGAGAGCAAAGUGGCUGUGGUCCAAGGGAGAUGUUCACCAAGCCUUAAUAGUCCUCCAGAAAGGUGUUGAGUUGUGUUUUGGAGAUACAGAACCAGAAUUAAGUGACGAUAAAAGCUGUUUAAUAAAGGGACAAGCUACAUUGUUGGUUGGACGUUUCAUGGAAGAGACAGCUAAUUUUGAAAGCAAUGCAGUUAUGAAAAAAUAUAAGGAAGUGACCAAUUUAUUACCAGACUGGGAAGAUGGGCACUUUUAUUUUGCAAAAUAUUAUGACAAAUUAAUGCUUAUGGUAACUGAUAACAAGAUCGAAAAGCAGGGAGAUUUAAUUCGCUACAUAGUUCUUCAUUUUGGCACGUCUCUGCGAUUUGGAAAUCAAUUUAUCUACCAGUCCAUGCCUAGAAUGUUAUCAUUAUGGCUUGACUACGGAGCAAAAGCCUAUGAAUUGGAAAAGGCAUCUGGACGCACUGCUGAUCGCAUUGCCAUGAGAACUGAACUUGAGAAAAUUAACAAAGUGAUAGAGGAUCAUACUAACUACUUAGCUCCUUACCAAUUCCUGACGGCAUUUUCUCAGCUGAUUUCAAGAAUAUGCCAUUUCCACGAUGAUGUGUUUGCAAGACUGAAAGGCAUUAUUGUCAAGGUUUUCUUGGCCUAUCCCCAGCAGGCUAUGUGGAUGAUGACAGCUGUGUGCAAGUCAUCUUAUGCGACACGAGUUAAUAGGUGUAAGGAAAUUCUUCAGAAGGCCAUUAAUGAUGACAGCCGUUUAGGCAAGUUUGUAGGAGAUGCCACUCGUCUCACUGAAAAGUUGCUGGAACUGUGCAACAAAACGGUAGAUGGAAACAACACAACUUUAAGUAUGAGCGUUCAUUUCAAAUUGCUGAAACGAUUGGUGGAAGAGCCAGCUUUCAGUGAAAUCCUCAUCCCUCUGCAAUCUGUGAUGACUCCCACUCUGCCAUCAACUCCAGGCACCCACACAACUCAUGACCCUUUCCCUGGUCAUUGGGCCUACAUUGCUGGCUUUGCAGACAUGGUGGAAAUCUUAGCUUCUCUUCAAAAGCCCAAGAAAAUCACUCUUAAAGGUUCUGAUGGGAAGUCCUAUAUUAUGAUGUGUAAACCCAAAGAUGACCUCAGGAAGGAUUGUCGUCUUAUGGAAUUUAACUCACUAAUUAAUAAGUGCUUACGUAAAGAUGCAGAAUCUCGCAGGCGAGAACUUCACAUCAGAACUUAUGCAGUCAUUCCUCUGAAUGAGGAAUGUGGUCUGGUUGAGUGGGUCAACAACACUGCUGGCUUAAGACAUAUACUGAAUAAAUUGUAUAAAGAAAAAGGUGUUUACAUGCUUGGGAAGGAGCUACGUCAGUGCAUGCUACCAAAACAAGCACCUUUGGAGGAGAAACUAUCUGUAUUUAAAGAGCAGCUUUUGCCACGUCACCCUGCUGUUUUUCAUGAAUGGUUCCUGAGGACCUUCCCUGAUCCAACUUCCUGGUACAGUAGUAGAUCAGCCUUUUGUCGGUCUGUUGCUGUGAUGUCAAUGGUCGGCUACAUUCUAGGUCUAGGUGAUCGGCAUGGAGAAAACAUUUUAUUUGAUUCUUUAACAGGUGAAUGUGUUCAUGUCGACUUCAACUGUCUUUUCAAUAAGGGAGAAACCUUUGACGUUCCAGAAGUUGUCCCUUUCCGCCUAACCCACAACAUGGUCCAUGCCAUGGGCCCUAUGGGGACAGAAGGUUUGUUCCGUCGAGCCUGUGAAGUAACAUUGAGAUUAAUGCGUGAUCAGCGAGAACCUUUAAUGAGUGUGUUGAAAACUUUCCUGCAUGAUCCAUUAGUGGAGUGGAGCAAACCAGUCAAAGGAAGUACGAGAGUUCAACCUAAUGAAACUGGGGAAGUAAUCAAUGAAAAGGCCAAGACCCAUGUACAGGACAUAGAAAAGAGGCUACAUGGCGUGAUUAAAACAAGAAAUAAAGUGAAGGGGUUGCCUUUAUCCAUUGAAGGUCAUGUCCAUUACCUUAUUCAAGAAGCAACAAAUGAGAAACUACUGUGCCAGAUGUACCUUGGUUGGGCACCAUACAUGUGAAAGCAUUUAUUAACUGGUAUAAGUGACAAAGCAAAAUUGGUGAAGUAAGAUGGAGCUAUAUGAUUUGUGGCCUCUUUUCGUCUUACAUCAAAAUCACCAUCGUGGUUUCAGAAACAAGUUUGAUUAUUUGUGCUAUGCACCUCUGUAGUAAUGACUUAGUUUUUGAAAGAUUAUUUCUUUAGAAGAAAACGUAUUUCAAUCAGAGGGACUGUAUCAAAAAGAUGAAAAGGAUCUGUAAAUCUGCUAUAACAGUGAAUAGAGUGUUAAGUAAACAUGGAACUUUACUUUAGAUCAAGUGCACAGAAGAACUUGUAGAAGCAAAUGUUGAAAUAAAAUAAAGGCAAGGUCAGCUGAGGGCGUGAUGUACAGAAAUCUGACACAGAAGCGUGGACUGUUAAUAUUGCAAAAUAUGACUUGAAAGGCCUUGGCAUAAGAAUCAAACAGGUUGAAAACACUGGCAAUCUCAGAAGUGACCAUAAGACACAGGAUUAAAAUUAGGCCAUUUGGCCCAUCGAGUCUGCUGAAAAAAGAAAGAAAUUCCUUGUGAUCUGGAUAAGAUCAAAAAACCUUACUUACCUCUGACGCCAUGGCACAUUGCACAUUAUGAACUUGUACUAUAUUGCUGAAUUUGUAUAAUACAUUGAAUUAUAUUGAUUUUAGGGAAUAAGCUUAAGUUGAAAGCAAGGUGAUUGAUUGUGAUCAAUGUGAUUUUGCCUGUUAGGCAAUUAAGUUGCUGUGUGGAAUUUUGAGGUACAGGGUGAUCUCCUUUCAACUCUACGGUGUUACUGGAUCCUGUACAUGAAUGGAGAAUGAAUAAAAUCCAACCUCCAGAUAAAUUUGUGAAAACAGCAUUCCUUGGAAUUAACAGAUAAAUAAAGUUUGACAAAUUGAAUUAAUCUGUUAUUUUGAUUGUUACUACUUUCUGAGUCUUGUUUGAUUUUCUCAGAGAGACAAAAAAUAAUAGAGGCUCUAAUGAAGAGCCUUGACAUUGCAGCAGCUAUUUUCAUAAUCUAAACAUUCAGCAUAGAUGUUACUGUAUUGGUGGCUCAUUUAUUUAAUUGGUUUGUAAAUGUGUAUUACAUUGGUAGAGUUUUAAACCUUAUCCCUGAGCACAGCUUGAUGCUUUUAUUUGUUUUGUCUGUAGCUUGGAAAGAAAAAUAGAUUUGAAGAAAAUGGAAAUUGCAAAUGAAUAUUUUUACAUGUUAAUAUAACAUAUAAUUAAAUUGUGGAAUUGUUGCA